AACCCGGACUACAACGGGUUCUCUGACGACCCGGAGCAGGACGUGUGGGAAAUGAGGCUGGCCUUCUUCAUGGGCAUCUCUGUGUGCCUCGUCAUCGGGUCGACCUUCGUCCAUUAUCUCCCGGACCCCAAGAUGCAGCAGUGGUCCAGGAGGGAAGCUGAGCGGCUCAUCGUCCUCAGAGAGAAGGAGGGUCUCCCGCUCAUCAACGAGAACUACUACGACCCGAGUACCAUCAUCCUGCCGGACCCUGAAGACGAGUAACUCUGCAGCUACUUCCUGUUUCCUGUAAAUCACCUCCACAAUAAAUGUUCUUGUUUCAUUAGUUUUA